AACACAGCGCACCUUACAGGGGAGCUGACAGCAAGCGUGUGAAAUUAGCUAAUGCUAAGAUUUAUACUGAAACGCCGAGUAAGGAGGAGAACGAUAAGGAACAAGAGAUCGGUUGGUUUUUGUGUAUUUUAAUUUCCUCCGCGAUGAUGGUGUGUUGCGGAAAUGUAAUUCAGCGUCUAGACGAGCUAAUCCGCGUUUAAUACCCAUGAUAGCUGUCCGUAGAGUUGCAGCGGGUCUUUCUCUGUUAGCUGUGGCCAAUACAAUGAGCUCCGUGGCUGGAUCCUCAUCUUCAGAGCCAGCGGGGAUGUGGCUAAACGGAUCCCUGGAUGCUCAUCCAGGGAGCCCGCCCCAACUCCGGCGCCUGGCUGAUGUGCCCGGGCACAAACCGGACAGAGUCAACGACCUUCUCCUCCUCAGGCCUCUAGAGGGACUGGCGGCGUGUAGCGCUGACGCAGAGGCCUACGAGGAUGGAAAUUCACAUGUUGUGUUUUUCCAUGGGGAUAUACAGGACUUCCACCAGGAGAUGCUCCUCCAGGCGGAGGCUGCUCCGUGGCAGAGCUGGAGCCUGGAGCGGGUGGCCCUCACUCUGGGGCGCCGCUUCCCCAACCGCUACGUCUGGGUGGUCCGGGCUUCGCGCAUGUACCUGCACAAGUUCAGCAGCUACCCCAACUUUGUGGAGAGCAACCUGUUCGGAGCGCCGGAGCACUCCUCAGACUACGGAGCCUUCCAGCACCUCAGGGCACUGCUGGGCCACGGCAUGGAGCAGGCUGGCCUGCCUAACCCGCUCCCCCCUCUAGGGGGCCCCGUGCCCCAGGGUUUCCACCUGGAGCUGGUGGGCUUCAGCAAAGGCUGCGUGGUGCUCAACCAGCUGCUGUACGAGCUGGCGGGGGCCCGCGCCCAGCCGGGGCUGGCUGCGUUCGUGGAGCGCAUCUCCGACAUGUACUGGCUGGACGGGGGGCACCCCGGGGGCAGCGAGACCUGGGUGACGGAGCAGCGGGCACUGAGGGAGCUGGCGGCCAGCGGAGUGGCCGUCCACGCCCACGUGACGCCCUACGAGGUGAGGGACCCCAUGAGGGCCUGGGUGGGCCGCGAGCACCUCAGGUUCAUCAGGACCCUGGAGGAACUGGGAGCACGGCUUGAGCAGAAGCUGCACUUUGAGGACGAGCCCCCCUCCAUCGAGAACCACUUCCGGGUCAUCCAGGAGUUCUGAACGGACGCUGCUGGUUGGCUGGAGAGGGUAUCGUGGGCGUGGUCAGCGAGGGGGGAUUCUGGAUGCCAACGCAGCACUUGUCAGGGCUUCAGCUCGUGGAUCGUUCAACCUGUCGCGCCUGCCUCUCCAAUUUCACCUAUCGAAGGAUGAAGAGGAAAUCGAUCUCGGCGCAGAAUAGUGCAACUCUAUCGCUCGUAUCCAUAAGAUAUUAUCUUACCUCAUUUUUCGCUAAGGGCUCAAAGAUGCAGGAUGUGGAGAAAUGCUGUCACAGGACUGGCUUUCUUGUAGCACUUAGUUCUAGAGACACUUCCCUCUGAGACGGACUGCCAGGAAACUCCAAGUCAUGGAACACUCAUCUUUAAUCCUAAUCCUAGUUAGAUCUUCACAAAUCAAAAAAUGUUUUGCAUAUCGAAAGCUUGUGCUUCUGCUGCCUCCCAUGACUGAUUUUUGUUGAUCUGACUUUAUAAGAGUAACUGUAUAGGCAGGAGCGUGAGGAAGGGUUAUUGAUGUUUCAUGUGGAGUUUAUCUUUUAGUCAAGAACUUCCUUCGUCCAAGUCUUUUAGAUAUGCACCUUUUGCAAUCUGUCCUUACUAAUGGCAAUGCUGAAUAUUACUUGCACAUUGUUAUGAUAUUCAAAUGUUUUACCUCAGUGUGUAUUAUUUGGGGUAAUAUCAACACCAGCCCUCAGAUCAUAUCAGACCUAGAUACUGCCCAGGGGCAGGGUCUGGCUGGAGCGUGCUUGAGGCCUACAGUAUUUAAAGUUGCUGAAUGUUUUUCGUCCUUCGAUCUCAGACAGUAGGUUUCAAUGUGUACAUUCAGAAGGAAAAUAAUUGGAUGCAUUGGGUUUGAUGGCUGUAAUGUUGCAAAAGGGCCUGUAGACUUGCACUAUAAAAUGCUUGUGGGCAUUCACAAGGCUCAUAUGUAGUUUGACCCAGAUCCGGCUUUGUCAACAGUCUACAUGGUGGGAAUGUGCAUGGUAAAUACAUAGCUGUUGUCCCAGAGGCCUGAAGGGGCCGGUCCCAGGAACGGUGGUGGUUCCACUUUACUCUUCUGAGGUCACAUGUUCCAUUUUCUCAUGAGCCUAACAUCUCAUAAUAUCCAUGAUUCAUUUCUUAGAAGGGAUGCUUCAUGCUUUUGUUAGGAGUACAAAACUCAGGUCCUUCUGCUUUUGCUUUUGAAUGUAUAUUCAUGUUCAUGUAAUUACAUCCCUAUUGGCUUUGGUUAACAAGAGUUGGCACACAUGCAGGCUAGAGAUGUGUGCAUUCCUGCUCAGCCAGGCUUCCAGGGCGGCUGUUGCACUACAAUGAGGAUAAGCAUUCCAAUGAAUGUAGCUGCUUCUGACUUCAUAUCCACUCCAUAUUGUGUACGUUUUGAUUAAAAGAAACUUCUGCUGUUUCAA